AUGCUGGACUGGAUGAAGGGAACUGAGCCAGAGGCCGCAGACACCUCUAAGGUGCUAGAGCCCCCCGAGACCCCAGCUCCCGUAUUUGCGAUUCGCGCCUUCAAGAGUGCUUUGUUUGGGACCCCAGGCGCAGACGAUGAAAAAACCCCUCACCCAGCGCAGCCAAAGCAAUCAGUUCAAGAUCAUCGGCGCAGCAAAAGCGAUACCACCAAACCUGUGCCCAUCCCCAUCCCCCAGAAAUUGGAGCCCAACAAACCCGAUCUGGACGCGAUAGCAAACCCCUCAGGCUCCCCAACAAAGAGCAUUCUCGUCACGCCAGGGACGAUCUCGAACCGACGGAAGACUGUCUCUUUUGGUGAAAGUGUGGUGGACAAUGAAGGGAAACGCGACAGUAAUUCGCUGAAGGUGGUCAAGACGCCCCCGAAUCCAUCAGGCAAUCUUAGCACUCAGUGGUUGUCCGGGUCGGCCGGCGGCAAACCGCACAGCAAGCUGACGCAGACCUUGAUGGAUGCUCGCGAUAAUGCGACAAAAAAUGCCGACUCGAACAAAUCCUCGGAUGCUACGUCCGAUGCCAACACCGUCACGCGCUCCCAGUCCAAAGAUGAUAGCGAAGGGGAGGAUAUUACGCUUAAUUUGGAUGAACCCCGGUCGGAAUCCGGUAAAUACUGGAAAACCGAAUUCGAUAAUUAUCGCGUACGCACGAACCGCGAAAUCAAGAAAUUAAUCCAUUACCGGACUAUUGCGAAGUCUUACGCCCGCAAGAAGGAUUCAGAGGCUCUUCGACUGGCGGAUAAGCUCAAGGAGGAAGAAGAGAAGGUCGCGGAGAUGGAGCGCCAAGUGACACGCCUUGCGUCUUCGAUCACAGGACAAGGAUCCAAGGCCGAUAAUGAGCAGUUGAUCCAGGACUUGACAAAGCAAACCGCCUUGGCACUACAAUACAAGCAGCAGGUCACUUCCCUGCGUACCCUCCUUGAGCAACAGGGGGUUGUCAAAGGUGGAGAGGCUCAGGUCAGCAAGCCAGCCAAGGAAAAGCCAUCUUCAGAGACGUCCUCUGAUGAGCUCCGGAAAGCGCAGAAGGAGCUCAAGGAAGCAAACGCCAAAAUCGAUGAGCUGAAGCGUCAAAACCCCGACCUGAGCACGCUUGAAACUCUCGCACAGAGCUCAGAAAAGAAGGCGCAAGAGCUCGAAAGAGAGAAUAAUAGCCUCAAGCAAACCUUAGCCCGUGUCAAGCAAGAAAUGUCGCGAUAUGAAGGCCGGCGCAAAGAAAAAGAGAACAAGUUGAAGCAAAGAGAAGCCAAGCUGGAGGCACGCAUUCAAGAGUACCGCGAGCGCCUCAAGAACACCACCCAAGAGCACCGACAAUCAGAGGAAGCAUUACGAAAGAGCUUCGAUGACGAACGCCGCCGUAUGCAGAGCCAGAUUGACCAGCUAAGGACAAGAGUGUCAGCUGUAGAACGCGCCCCUACUCUCCGGCCUCAGCAACGGCAUUCGCUCAGCCCGCGCAAGGAAUACACGGGCGUGCAGGUAUACGACUUUGCAGGCCAAAGCCAGACCCAGACCCAGAACCCCGAUCACCCCGAGGUAGAGGAAGAAGCCACAGAGGACAUCGAGGCACCACCCAGUCCGAGUCCACGCUCUAAAUCCCGUGAAGCGCGACACGCACGCAACGCCACAACCGGUACCCUCGAGCUUAAACGUGCAUCCCGAGAUUUGCGAGACAUCGCCGCAGACGACGAUGAAGUUACACACUACCUGAACGAAAUCCUUCCUCGACCUGCUCUCCGUUCUCGUCAUACAGAACCGGAUGUCAUUCCUCCUUCCUCGCCCCCUGAUAUCAGCGCGCUUAAGUCUCUCGGCCGUGGACAUCCAAAGUACCAACCUGGUGAAAACCAGCGCACAUAUCGUUCUCUCUACCUUCGAGAUCCGGACGCAAAUACCAAUACAAAUACACAACCAGCUUAUGCAAACUCACACCGCCCACGAACACACAUCAGGUCUACUUUGGAAAGUAUUUCCGGACCGACUGCUUCACGGGUGGGUAAUUAUGCUGGAUACACCAUCUCUGGUGGAGAGCGGCUUGGGAGACGGUAUGGAUUGGCUAAUGUGACCAGUGAAGCCCUGUCCCCCGAGCGAAUUGCUGCGGCCAAGUCGCGGUUGAGGCAGAAGCGUGAGAAAGCGAAGGCUUCGGGGAAGGAGAAUCUCUGA